AUGCAGUGCUGGGCUUUGUUUUUAGGUGGACACAGGUACAAGAUCGAGUACAAACGUACAGCCUGCCAUACAAAUGCAGAUGGGUUGCCACGACUGCCACUGGAGGCUGAAAAAGAUGAGUUUGGAGAUGAGGAAACAAUAGAUAUGAUCUCCAUCAGCCAGAUUGAAAGUCUGCCCAUCACGGCAGACAUGGUAAAAACGGAAACAAAACAUGACAAGAUCCUGUCUCAGGUGUAUGCUGCCACACUGAAUGAUUGGACAGCCCAGCACAAAUCCUUGCUGGCUGCAUAUUACUCGAGACGUGAUGAAAUUGCCUUAAAUGCUGGAUGUGUGAUGUGGGGGUUAAGAACCAUUGUAUCCACUAAACUAAGACACAGAGUAUUAGAAGAGCUUCACAAGGGCCAUCUAGGUGUGGUAAAAAUGAAGGCACUUGCCAGAAGUUUUGUGUGGUGGCCAGGCAUUGAUGAAGACAUCGAGAAAUUAGCGCAGCAAUGUAGUGGCAGCCAGAUGGUUCAGAAUGAGCCAGAACGUGCACCACUUCACCCAUGGGAAUGGCCUACAUUACCUUGGCACCGGCUGGAUAUCGACUUUGCAGGAACAUUCAUGGGGACAACCUUCCUGGUGGUAGUUGACGCAUGCUCUAAAUGGCCAGAGGUUUUCACUAUGAGCUCCACCACUUCUCACACCAUUGAAGUACUGAGUGAUUUAUUUGCUAGAACUGGAGUUCCACAACAACUAGUGAGUGACAAUGGACCCCAGUUCACAGCAACAGAUUUCCAGGUAUUCCUUCGCAGAAGUGGCAUAUGGCACAUCACACCUGCCCCAUGGCAUCCAGCCACAAAUGGCCUGGCAGAGAGGUUUGUGCAAAGUUUGAAACGAGCCCUUUGAGCUAUGACAAAUGAGAAGCUGACCCUUCAGCAAAAAUUGGCCAACUUCUUAUUUGCAUAUCGGAAUUCCAUCCAUGCUGCAACUAACCAGACUCCAGCUAUGUUGUUUUUGGGGCGUCCUCUUCACUCUAGAUUAGACCUGCUGCAACCAGAUCUUAAGCAGACUGUGCCAGACAGACAAAUCAAACAAGGCCAUAAAGCAACUGACAAGGUUACAUGUAGCUUUGCCAUUGGACAAUCAGUUCUUGCCAGGAGCUACAGAGGAGACCAGAAAUGGGUUCCUGCACUAGUCAAAGAGCAAACUGGUCCCUUGUCCUAUUAGGUAGAGGUUACUCAAGGUGUCAUAUGGCGACGUCAUGUCGACCAGUUGAGAAAAUCAGGGUUGGUUAGAGCUGAAGAGAUACCCACACUGCCUGUUGACUCCCCUGCUGUUGCUUC